AAAAAAAGUUACUAAUAGGCGUAGGAGCAUAGACCGAAAAUUCAGAAACUCUGCUCAGGGUGUACAGAUUCUAACCGGUGAACAGCACAGCACAGGGGUGAGGGUAAAAAAAAUCACAAUCUUCCUAAAGUUUGAAACUAUUCCGUGGGAACUGCGCCGACUCCACACCCUAGUUCUCUUGCCUAAUUCAGGCUGAGCAUUACAUUCUAUGAACCAAAUGUCCCUUGGUGCAGUAGCCGCUAGUCCAUACUCCGUCUCAGAACAGGAGGGGGGCUGUGAAUAUAAGGAUAAAGGCAAUAAAACUUUCGUCUCUAGUCAUGUACAAGCAGUCAACUGGUGGUAGGAGCAACCGAUCAAGAAAGUUUAAGGUGAAGCAUGUUCUUCAAAUCUCUGUAUUGCUAGCUCUAUGCUUAUGGUUUAUUUACCAAGCCAAACAGUCACACGGAAAAAAGACUCAGUCUGGCGUUGGAAAUGAUCCGAAGAUGUCACAAAAGACUGGCAAUGUCCAUGAAGCACCAAAAUUAGGAAGAAAAGACCUUCCCCUGUCAAACGAAACAGAUAAGAGUAAUAAGAUGGGUGACAAUGAAGUGGAGGAUGGCGAAAUAGAGAGAAAUGAAAAUGAAGCACAAGCUGAGAAGCUGUAUAAAGCCGAUGAUGCUUCGAGCGAAGUAACUCACAUGAUUAUAAGUGGUCAAAUUUCUGGGGAAAGCUCUACCUUGCCAAACACAACUUUGGAGCCAAGCAGAGGUGGUUCCUCUUUGGUUGUCAAGAAUAUUCUCUUAGAUUCCUUAAACGAAACAGUAUCAUCUUCUGUAACGGAGAAACCCAUACAAGGUCGUCCUAGGUUCCCAACACAGGACGACAGGUGGAUCUCAACAAUGGCUCAUGAAAUACGCGGAUCAGGAUUUGAGGCCUUAAAUAACGAGCAUAUAGAUGAAGUUCCAGAUCUUAUUGACACCGAAGAUGCAGAAGAAAUACAAACAGAAGAGAGUAUUAACACGGAAGAUAGUGCAGCUAAAUGAUACUACAAACACACUGUAACAUGCUCUCACCUCUUUAAUCAUGCUCAAAUUAUUAUUGUUGUUGUUGUUGUUUUUAUUGCGCAAAUGAGUUACAAUUAUUGCUUUGACACAUCUCCAUACAUACCUAUGUAUUACUAAUAUUCCUAUGUAUUAAUAAUUGUAAAAAUAAAUGUACUAUUUUCCGAUGGAGUAUUAUGAGUUUACUUCAUUUGGAAUAGCUUGGACGGGAAUACUGGAAUAGUGUAUAUUUUCUCAGGAGCCAUUCGGGCACCAAAAUACUAGUGUACCUUCCUAAAUAGAUAUUUCGUAUAACAUGUUAAAUUUU